GACGGUGCUAGCAAUCUUUACUUCAUCGUUUCUGGGAAAUGAGACGGGUGAAGGAAGUGAACAGUUCAGUCUUAGCCAACUAACUACUGCUUAAGACCGGAGAUAUUCUUGAAAGAAAAAUACUGCAUGUUUCCUGCUUUUCUUGCCUGGGAUUUGCGAAGACAGCAUGGGAGAUGUUUCCUCCACACCUAAACCCAAAAUUGAUGCCUCCACGGCGGCCCCAAUGACCAGAAGUUACCCCAACAAGGAACACUUGAUCUUGGCUUUUUUUGCUGGGGUUUUACUGACAUUGCUGCUGGUAGCCCUUAUCUUCUUCAUCGUAAAGUGCUGCAGAAAACGUCAUUCUAGUCCCCAGACUCAGGAUCCUCACCCAGAUCCUGCUGUCAGGCAUUCAUCCAUACAGAAGGAGUCCCUUGUCUAUGCCAGCAUGACUUUCAAACCCUCAGAAGAAAAGAGCAAUCACUCGACUGCAAACCAUUCUGCACACACAGACCCAGUUGUGUAUGCACAGAUAAAGUGAGGAUCACACAGCCAGUCGGGUCUGAGCCCAGUUUCUCAUCUCCAUCUACAGGUCUUGUUCCUGUUUUUCGUUCUUUUUUUUUUUUACAAACUCGGAACUAGAGCCCAUUUGAAAUUAUGGUGAGAACAGACAACGUUAUCCAGAAGUUUUGAAAACCAGUGAUCACCCAUCAUCCCAGUUGAAGAAGAAUGCUCACCCUCCCCACCCAAACUAAUAGUUGAUAGCCCUUGAGGGCUUCCUUGUACCCUUCAUGAGUGUGUGGGACCGAACUCCAUGUACCAGAUGUACUGCCCCAUAGCGCUGAUCCACUAGGGAGGAGUCAACCAAA